CAUAAAUCUUGGUUGCUGCCUUUGCAGGGUCGCAUUCCACGAUCUUCCACUCUCCUUCCUUCCGCUGUUCUUGGACCUCCAGCUACAACAACCUUCCUGCUGCUCGAACCAUUCUCCCGUUCCCUUGUUUACACACCCUUCAGCUAUUGACAUAUAUUCUCUCACAGAAACCAGCCUGAGGCCACUUCAGAGCUUGCCAGGCAACAUCGAGCCUGUCUGUCGUCGCGCGUCGUUCGUGGUUUCCUUGAGUUCUCCCAUUCGCAAACCUCUGCUCACUCGCACAUCAUCAAACCUCACUUCGCCGCCUUCUUUUCGCAACCUAUUUUUCUUUCUCAUCAGAAUCAUCGUCAAGACUUUGCCUCGCGACCGUAUUCUGUUACGACCUGAUUGAUACAUACCCCAUCAGACUUGGUCUGCAUAUUCCCCUCGCUUCUUCUAUUUUCCGGCCAAGUCUGAACUUCGGACGACGGUGGGGCAACUUUUCAUCCUCUUUCAACAAGGAGGGAGAAAAACCCCUCCCAAGGAAAACCAUGACCUCCGGCGCCUCCAUCGACGCCCCCAUCCGGCCCGCCCUCCUCAAAAACUCGGGCCUGCCAAAGUCCGACUCGUCCGUCUCCACCACGGCUUUAUCUUGCAAAUCCAUCCGCGUCACCGGCGCCCAUCCACUCGGCUCCCUGCACGUUCACCAACCCGCCGACUCGUCUCUGUCGCAAGAAGUCGCCAUGAACCCAAACACAGCCCCCAACGACGACGACGAACCCCCGCCUCUGGGUCCCAUCGACUCUCAGGAUGAUAUCGCGACCCGGCAGCCGUUGCCCCAGCAUGGCCACUCCCUGGGCGGCGGAGACAUCGUACUGAUCAUGGACCUGCCUGCUCAUUUCACUGUGGGCUACGACUCCGUCUCCUUCACCGCCCGCGAGUUUGUCGGCGUCAGAGACAUCCCUCCCGGUCCGCACUUCUUCUGGGUGUCGGAGACGGAGGCCAGCACAACGCGAUGCGGCUUCUGGGUCAUCAGCUCGGCCACAGAAAAAAUCCACGUCAUGCAAUGGGACAAAUUCAACGAGGUUGUCGGCGAGCCAGCUAGCCAAGUCGAGGCCCGCUUCCAAAAGGAUAAGAUCCAAGACAUCUAUCCCAAGCUGGCACCUUAUCAGUUCCGCGCCCUCAAUGCCACCGUCAAGUCGGUGGCCUCAGGUUCCUCGAGCCCCGAGCCCGAGUUCGCAAGGAACACCAACAUCUGGCAACAGCUCACGAACGCCAUCUCGGCCCCACUUCUGAGCAGAAUUACCGCCCGCAAGGCCGGCGACUGGGCUGUGCACACGUCGGACCGUGUGAGGGGCGCCCUAAUGCUUCCCGCCGAGGUCGAGCUCGAGAAAAGGAUACCCAGUGUUGUCGCAAGCACAGAGUUGAAAUUUACCUUCAGCCAGGGCGCAAAAACGUACGAUGCGGAAAGUGUCGGCGCCGCACGCACCGAGCAGGCAGUCGAUGCGACGGCUUAUUUGAUGUCCACGGCUAUCAGUGACGACGACAUCGUUGGGGAGCUGCAGUUUGCUUUCAUCGUCGGCAUGCAUCUUGGUAAUGAAGCCUGCAUCCAGCAGUGGUGGCACAUGCUGGUUUCGGUCGUCCUGAAGGCCUACACCCUGCCCCUCCGGCGACCCGAAUUGGCCCGCUCCCUCCUGCAGACAAUCACAGCCCAGCUUGUGUACAACGAACGCUACCUUGAUGGCUCCGUGCUCGACUACGGUCCGUCAUACCCUCGUGAUCUCCGCAUGGCCCUCAUCCUCUACAAGCGACGCCUCAACGAAGUGCUCCUGACACUCAACUCACUGGCCACUCCCGAGCAGGCUGCCGUUGGCCAGGCCUUUUCUGAGCUCGAGACGUGGGUCUGGAAGUUUGGAUGGGACAUCAGAAGCGACUAUCUUCGAAAGGGCAAGACGAUGCUUGAGGACGGUGAGGAGGUUGAGCUCGAGAUGGACGACCUCGAAGCUGAAGAUGAGCGUGGCGAGUUUGCCGCCACGGUGGUCGAGCUGGAUGAGAGCGGAAAGCAGAAGGAUCUUGUCUCGUGGGAUUAGGGCUCCGGGGUCAGGCGCUGGUUGGAAGCAAAGGAAAAGCGUCGUCGGUUCUCACAGCCGUGUGCCAGAAGCAGCAUCGAUAUUAGCGAUCCUUUCUUGACACCUCUGCCUCCAGUUGGAGUGAGGCCGCGCCGUUUCUCUUCUCGGAGGACGUCAAUUAUAGACAUGGUACGACCCAAGUCUCGCAACUCAACUCUGAUGCAGGUUGAUUUCUAAGAAAACUGGCAUUGGGCAUAAGGGCAUGGGCAUUCAGUAUUGUUAUGAGCAUGUGGGAUUUUCUAGCGGGGAGUUGCAGGUCUUUUCUUGGCUUCUUGGGAAUUGACUGGUCUGGCCGUGUUCCCUUUUCUGUCUUGGCUUUUGUUCAGAGUUGAAUGGUUGGGCUCAAAUUUCCAAAGGCUCUGUCUGGUAAGGCUGGCGCGGGAGGGACAACGUGGGGUGUGCACAUGGCUUUGCUGGACUGGGAGGCUGUACUCUGUAUGAACGAAAACUUGAAUAGGCAUCAUAUCCUUUGAGGUCCGUCAACCUGCUCACUUUUGCUAUUUGGGUCCGGCUUUGGCACUUGGGUUCAGCAAGGAUGGUGGUUCCUUCAAGAGCUCCUCGUCCUUCACCCAGCACAUGCCCCCGAUUAGAGACGACGUCGUUUCUUGGACC